AUGAGAGCGAUUUGCUGCCUUUUCUCAAUCUUCACCAUCUCAUCGGCUCAACUGGCUGCUUGGCCUGCUACCUCGUACUCUCCAUUCUAUCAAUCCCUUUUCGGACCCGCUUUGGCUACUGUUGCUGCUGAGCCUGUGAUGGCCGCCCCGGCACCCGUCUAUGCGCCACCGGCCUAUGCUCCGGUUCCCGCCGUUGCGCCAGCUCCCGUCCCAGCCUAUGCUCCCGUGCCCGCCGUCGCCCCAGCUCCCGCUUAUGCCCCAGCUCCCGCUUAUGCCCGAGCGUUCGCCGUAGCUGAGCCCGUUCUCGCCGCGCCUCCACCACCACCAUACACUGGCCCAGUGGCUGCCCUGGCCCCACCGGUUCCCGUCGGCGUCGCUGCACCGCCAGUUGUGGCCGCCGCUCCACCAGCUUUCGCAGCCCCAGCCCCAGCUCCAGCGCUCAUGCCAGCCUAUGCCCCAUUGAGAUCACCAGCCUAUUUCGGAUACAUUGGAGCGAACAAAGCGAAGAAAAAU